AUGGGAAACGGCCGGCAUCAGCAUAAUGCCAUUGCCGCCACAACUCAGAACUACCAUGAUGAAAGAUUCUUCAAAACUGGCCAUUUAUCGGCUGGCACCAAAGCACCGGUGGAUCGAUGGAAAACAGCAACUGGUUGUUCCGAAAAGCUCAUCGAUGCCAGUGAAGCGGCAGCAGCAGCGGCGGCAGCAGAUGAAAGAACGCCGCCGCUACCGCAACUGCUUGCCGCUGCUAAUGAACGAGGAAUUUCGCCAGGCUCCAGCAUCGGUGUUGCUGCCGUUUUUGAUGAACUCGGCGUUGCUUGA